AUGAGGACCGAUUAUUUGAAGCAGAACUUUCCCUUCACCCACAGAAACCUCUUCCUCAAGUUGCUCCUCACUCUUUUCUUCCUAGGCCUCGCUUUCCGCAUUCUCUUCUUUCAUUCCCUCUCCCCACAGAUUUCCCCUGUUCUCGAAUCCCCAUUUCCUGAAAAAGUCACAUUAUCACAACCCCACAACCCACCUCACACUUCAGCUCUUUCACAAUCUGUUUCCGAACCUCCACCUGUUCAGGAACGUGCUUCCGAACCUCCACCUGUUCUGGAACAUGUUCCCGAACCCCCUCCUGUUGUCGAAUUUGUUUCCGAAACUGAAGAUCAAUUCUCUCCCACAGAAUCAGAGAAAUGUGAUUACUUUAAUGGGGAUUGGGUCCGGAACCCGUCUGGUCCAGCUUACACCAAUGAAAGCUGCAACCUUAUUGAAUCUCAUCAAAAUUGCUUGAAGAAUGGAAGACCUGAUAGAGAGUUUCUGUAUUGGAGGUGGGCUCCUAGACAGUGUGAUUUGCCUCAGCUUGAUCCACAGAGGUUUCUCAACAUGAUGCGGAACAAAGCCUGGGCAUUCAUUGGUGAUUCCAUUUCCCGCAACCAUGUGCAAUCCCUGCUUUGCCUUCUCUCCAAGGUGGAACAACCUGUCUUAGUCUAUCAUGACGAGGAAUACAAGUGCAAAAGCUGGAACUUUCCCUCAUACAACUUCAGUAUGUCUGUGAUUUGGUCGCCCUUCCUUGUGAAAGCUGCUAUUUUUGAAGAUAUAAAUGGAGUUUCGAGUUCUGAAGUUGAGCUACAUCUUGACAAACUGGACAGUAAAUGGACAGAUCAGUACCUUGACUUUGAUUACAUCAUUAUUUCAACUGGGAAAUGGUUUCUCAAAUCUGCAAUCUACUAUGAGAAUGACACCAUAUUAGGCUGCCACUCCUGUCCUAAUAGGAACCUGACAGAGCUGGGGUUUAACUUUGCAUUUCGCAAAGCCUUGAAAGCUGUAAUGAACUUCAUAGUGUCUUCAAAUCACAAAGGGAUGAUAUUUUUCAGGACAUUCACAGCUGAUCAUUUUGAAAAUGGGGAGUGGUUUAGUGGGGGAACUUGCAAUAGAACAGCACCAAUUAAAGAAGGGGAGAUGGAAAUGAAAUUUCUGAACCAGAUGCUCCGUGACAUAGAGUUAGAUGAGGUUGGAAAGGCAGUUUCUGAAGCUUCAAAAAAUGGGGUGAACUUUAAGCUUGUGGAUUUUUCUGCACUUUCACAAUUGAGACCUGAUGGGCAUCCUGGUCCAUACAGGCAAUUUCAACCAUUUGCAAAGGAUAAAAAUGCUCAAGUUCAGAAUGAUUGUCUGCAUUGGUGCUUACCUGGGCCAAUAGAUUCUUGGAAUGACAUAAUAAUGGAGAUGGUUGCAAAGGGGUAA